AUGCUCGACACAUUGUGGGAGUUGCGACAAGCACUUCCAAUCUACCUUCUAACCGUCACAUUCGGACUUGCCGUCACCUGCAGUUUCACUCUUCUAUGCCCGCAUGUGUGCCGAUUGAUACCUGCGCUGACGACGUACGGAAAAGCGGCUGAUCAACUUGAAGAGAAUACGCUCGUCGCGAAGAUAUCCGUCCCGAAAAAGUGAGCGUUUUUGAGUGAAGUUUUCAAAUUUCGACGUCUUUCUCUUCAGAUGGUUCAAACACUUUUACGCGCUGGGUUUGCUCACGCUUUCUGUGUGUCUCCACUCUUUUUACUCGUUGCUACACAAUCCUAACUACCUACCGCCCGUGGUUUAUCAACUUCUGGCCACUCUUACUCGUUCCUACAGUAUACCACCGAGUGAGUUCUAAUACUUUCCUUCUCAUCUCAAAUCACGUCUUCAGUCUCUCCAUCCACAGCCCUUUUGGCUCUGGUGCUCAUCACUUUCCACGUGGCACGUCGUCUCUAUGAGACGCUGUUUGUGAGCGUCUACUCGGAUAGUCGCAUGAAUCUGUUUCAUUAUGUUGUCGGCAUCGUCCACUACGUCGUCUUGCCCUUCUCGAUUCUUUGUGAAACGCAAGGAUUUGCCACUAAAGGUAACGUGUCAACUUGUAGGAAAUGCUAACAAAUUUUGAGAAUAUGUUUGUUUAUGUUUCGAUCGAAUCGAAUUCAAACAAGGUUUUCGUCUAAACACCAUAGAGCGAAAGUAUCUAUUUCCACUAGAAUUCAAUCCUUUCCGACUUACAUCUUCAAUGUUUCAGCCGCCCGUUUCCAAAUCUCCACGACGGAAAUCGAGCUGUCCCAGUGGCUGGCGGCGGUUAUCUUCUGGGCGUGCAACUGGAAACAACAUCAGCUCGCGGAGCAGAUUGCGAAUACGCGCAAAGGUCCGCACGGACUCAUCCGCAACUACGCGUACGGAAUCUGCUUCGGCGGCUGGUUCAACCUCGUCUCCUGCCCUCACUUCUUCUUCGAGAUCUGCAUUUACGUGUCCCUGUACUUCAUCAUCCCAUCUGCCUACGUGUACAAGGUCAGUUCUCAUAUCACUCAUGUUCCAGCAUCUCCUUUCCGUCGUUUUCAGUUUGUAGUCCUGUUCGUUUGCGUCAAUCAAACAUUCGCUGCUCUGAUAACACAUGCCUGGUACCACAAGACGUUUCCCAAGUACCCGCCGGCUCGAAAAGCCCUCAUUCCCUACGUUCUGUAA